AUGAACUCAACGAUAACGUACACUUAUGAACCGACUUUCAGUUACCUUUCAGAAAAUUGUUAUAUUGGUAAACCCGUGUAUUUUAGUAAAGAUGAUAUUAAUUAUACUUGUAAGGAAAUAUCAUUAGAAUCAUUAGACUACUUCACUGCAUCUCAUUUAUUUCAUUUAUUAGACAUUGUUACUCCUACUAUCAAUGGUUAUAUAUUUUAUCAUUUAAAACCUCUUACAAUGUUUACUUGCAAAAUUUACGAAGUAAUACUUGAAUUCACGAGUGAACAAAAACAAUUUACCGAGAAAAACCUGAAUACGAUUAAAGACAGCUUAACUCGCUGGUUGACUCCAGCAGUAAAAUGGGAGGAAAAACACACUUUUUUUUUGCUUGAUUAUUUAUAUGCUAAUCAGGAAAAGGUUUUACAACUUGGAUGUCGCGGCUCUAUAGCUAAGAAAGUGAGAUCGUCUCUCUGGCAUGAUGCUGCCCUUGAGUUACACGUAAAAGGUUGCGAUCGCUUGCCUUAUCAAUGUGAGCUGAAGUGGAAGAAUUUAAAGGCUAAUAAAGAUCCAAGGUUUUUGUCUAAAGUUGAAGCAAUCACUGGCGGAAAUAGGUCUAUGCAAGUAUCAGCAAAGCUUGGCAGAAAUAGGUAUCG